UUUUCUGCUGAAUGAGUUUUUGAAACUUAGACAAGGUAAAGAAAGAUCCUCCUACUGAAAAAGAUCCUCCUACUUAUACACAUAUAACAGCAUCUGCUAAAAGAACUGAUGACUGGGAAACCAAGACCUGGUGAAAGCUUUUUCAAUUUCCCUGUGCAAGACUUUUUUCUUAUUGUACACUGCUGAGAUGACAGAAAUAAAUGCUCCUGUGGAUGUGGAGAGGACACAGCUUCUACAGCUGGCUGUCAGAAGAGAGUGGACAACACUGAAGCAAAUCCUAAAUACCUUAGAAAAGGGAGAUCCUGAAAUCUCCCAGGUAGAUGAGAACUCAGACCUGAGUCUUUUGAUGAUUGCUGUACAAGAAAACCAGCUUCCUAUAGUAGAGAGAUUGCUGGAGCUGGAAGUGAAUCUUAAAGAAAAGACCAAGGAUGGCCGGACUGCACUGCACAUCGCUGCUGCCCGCUCAAAUGAUGACAUCGUGAAGCUGUUAGCAAGCCAAACAGACCCAAAUACUCCCGGAGGGCUUAAUGCUCAACUUCCUCUGCAUUACGCUGCCUCUCGACCUGAUGAUUCCUUCGAUGUGGUGCACACUCUGCUCGAACUUUCCAACAAAGAUGCACGUCUUACACCAGAUGAGGAUGGAUGCAUUCCACUGUUGCUGGCUGUCAAAGCUGGCAAUGUUGGAAUUGUCAAAGAGCUCCUUUCAGACCUUUCGGAGUCACAGCUGAAAGCCAAGACAAAAGAAAAUGGAGACACGGCUCUGCACAUCUGCUGCCGAAGAAGGCAUGUUGAUAUGGCCAGAGUGCUGGUGGAAUUUAACGGAAACCUUGAUUGCCAAAAUGAUGAAGGGCAGACUCCUCUUCACAUAGCAGCCUGGGAAGGUGAUCAGGCAAUGCUGAAGUUUUUCUACUAUAGGAUAGCAAAUCCCAACAUUGUAGACAAGCUGGACAAAUUUCCUCUGCACAUUGCAGCUGAACGAGGCCACACUACUGCUGUUGAUGUUCUCACUCAGUUAUUCAACUCAAAUGUGCUGGAAAGAACCAAGGAUGGGAGCACAUUACUGCAUAUCGCUUCUCAGUGUGGUCAGCUAGAGAUGGUGCAGUCAUUGCUAAAGAAAGGCGUGCCAAUACACAUGCCAAACAAGUCAGGUGCAUUGUGUUUGCAUGUGGCCGCAAAGUUCGGUCACGCAAUUGUAGUGCGAGCUCUACUUCUGAAUGGGGCGCAUGUAGAUGCCACAACUAAAGACGGCCUGACGGCGCUCCACAUUGCUGCAGAAAACUGCAAGCCUGAAGUUGUGCAGAUCCUACUGGGCUUCGGCGCACAGGUGCAUCUCAGAGGAGGAAAGGCCCUGGAGAUGCCCCUGCAUAUAGCUGCCAGGGUGAAGAAUGGUGAGAAGGUGGCAGAGAUGCUGUUGAAGUGCGGAGCAGAGGUCAACGCAGAGCAGGAGAAUGGUGAGACGGCAAUGCAUGUUGUAGCACGUCAUGGAAGUCUGCAGACAAUGAGAACUUUAUUAGAAGAGGGAGCUGAUCCCACCUGGAGAUCAAAGGCAGAGGAGACUCCGCUCCAUGUGGCCGUACGUCACUGCCAUGCUCAUAUGGUGGAGUCAAUCCUGAACUAUUUGACCAGUGAAAGAAGUAAAAAGCAGGCAGAGCUCUGCGUUCGUCAAGCGAACCAGAAAGGAGAGACCACCCUGCACCUGGCAGCUAAGAUACAGAAGGACAUUGUGCACAGAGAUGAUGAAGACGUCCUGAUCAUUAGGACUCUGAUGGAGUAUAAUGCUGACAUCACAGCAGCUACCAGGGAGAUGAGAGAAACUCCAAUUCAUUAUUGUGCCAGGGUUGGCAAUGUUGAAGUGCUGCAGGAGAUGCUCAAUAAUGUGCCCAGCAACUGCCUACAGACAGCCAUCAACAAGCAGAAUAAGACUGGCAGGUCUCCAUUGCUGUUGGCUGCUGAGCUGGGACACAUGGAAGUAGUGACACUGCUACUGAAAAGCAAUGCCAGAGUGGAUGUGUUUGAUGAGGAAGGAAAGUCUGCUCUCCACCUGGCUGCUCAACAAGGCCACGAGGAAAUUGCUGACAUCUUGCUCUCAUAUAAAGCCUUUGUAAAUGCUAAAACCAAACUGGGCCUAACUGCACUGCACCUGAGCGCCCAGACCGGCUCAUCUCAUCUUGUUGAACUACUGAUAAUGACUCACGAGGCCAGCACUGACACCCUCACUUUGAGACAACAGACCUCUCUGCAUUUGGCUGCCAUCAGCGGAAAAUUAGAUGCCUGCAACAGUUUGUUAAACUUUGGAGCUGAUAUAACUGCCAAAGAUAUUGAUGGGCAAACCCCUCUUCAUCUGGCUGCAGAGAAUGACCACUCAGAUGUAGUUAAGCUCUUUUUGAAGCACAGGCCUGAAUUAGCCACAUUACCCAACAAGGAGGGAGUCACUUGCAUCAACAUUGCUGCAGCAAAAGGGAGUGUGACCGUCAUCCAAGAACUUCUCAAGUUCAGUCAAGGAAAUGCCUCCACACUGCACAACAAGGUUAACGGCUCAUGUCCUUUGCACUUGGCUGCUGCAGGGGGUCACACUGAGGUUGUUAAGGUUCUCUUGGAGGCAGGGGCUUCAGCCAAAGAGGAGGACUCGGAUGGAAUGACAGCUGCCCAUCUGGCUGCCCAGAAUGGACACACAGACAUCCUGGAGGUCCUGAAAGCAAAAGUCUGUUUGAACAUCACCAGCUCCAAGACAGGACUAACAGCUCUACAUGUGGCAGCCGGUUUUGGACAAGUGGACUUUGUGCGGGCAAUUCUGACAGAUGUGCCAGCCACAAUCUGCACUAAGCCAUCCGGCAGUGAUGCCACAAGAAAUUACCAGCUACAUGAUGAGUCUGGGUACACACCCCUGCACAUAGCUGCUAAGUCGGGAGAUGAGAAUGUGGUGCGCUUGUUGUUGAACUCACCUGGAGUAACGGCUGAUGCUGAGACAAACCUAGAGCGCUUUACCCCACUGCACCUGGCAGCUCAGCAUGGUCACACAGCUGUGGUCGGGCUCUUGCUCAGCAGAUCCAGUUCUCUACUUCAUCUGCAGGAUCGACGUGGCCGUACUUGCCUUCACCUGGCAUCUGCCAGCGGGCAUGUGGCGACAGUGAGGGUCCUUCUGUGCCAUGGCAUUGACAUCAAGGACACAGACAAGGAGGGCUUGACUGCACUGCAUUAUGCAGCUAAAUCAGGUUGGCUGGAGGUGGUAAAUUUUUUGGUUGAUAGUGGUGCAUCAGUGCAUGCUGAGUGUUGCAUGGGACGCACGCCACUUCAGUAUGCUGCCGAGGGGAACCAAAUGACCACUGUUAGCUUUCUGCUACAGCAACCAAACAACAACAUACAAAAUCUUCUGGAGGACAAUAAGUUUGUGUUUGAUCUGAUGGUAUGUGGGAGACUAAACAAUAACAUUGCCCUGGAAGAGCUAGUGCUAUAUUCAGCAUCUCCUCUGGAUACGGCCGUGCAUCUGUCCCGGGCUUUAAGCUUGGUCUCUCUGAGGGAGAAGGUACGCUCUGCUGACUUGCAGGCUGCUGCACGCCACUGUGAGACUAUGGCCUCUGAUCUCUUAAUCAUGGCCUCCACUGCUGAUGGGCUGGAUGCUGGAAAGGUGCUCAGGGCAGUUGACUAUGGUGGGACAAGCAUGCUAAACUGCCUGAUAGAAAGGAGACAGAAAAAUGUGAUGUCCCUUCCAGCAGUGCAGGAGUACCUAACAGAGGUGUGGUAUGGCAAUCUGAAGUGGGCGUCAUGGAAGAUCUUACUGCUGUUGUUCUGUGUGCUGUUCUGUCCUCCGCUGUGGCUGGCCCUGUCACUUCCAUUCAAACACAGAUACAGAAACAGUCCUGUUGUGAAGAUGAUGAACCAUCUGGUAUCCCACAUAUUUCUCCUGGCUCUCUUAAUCCUUACCCUUGUCUACCCAUCUAUGAGUCCACCCUAUGGAUACAUGCUAAAUCCAGGAUGGUGUGAGUGGCUUUUGCUGACCUGGAUAUGUGGGAUGCUGCUAUCUGAGGUUAAGCAAACAGCUAAGCGUGUGGAUUUGGCCUGGAUCAGAGUCCUCAUAUUGAUCUUCACUGGAGCUGCUUUCUUAUGUCACCUGUUGGCUGUUUUCCUCAACUUGGGUGAAGACUUCCCAGUUCAUGUCUCAAACUGCCUGUUUGCCCGCAAUAUUCUAUUAGCAGUUGCAAUGACACUGGGUUUCAUCCAGCUCUUGGAGUUUCUAACAUUCCACCACCUGUUUGGGCCAUGGGUCAUCAUUAUCAAGAAACUGAUGAAGGACCUGUGUCGCUUUGGCAUUGUGCUGCUUCUCUUUCUUACAGCUUUUUCGUUGAACCUUACUGUUAUUUGCCAAUCUGGGAAUGCAUUAAAUCAGAACAAUACUGCAGACACCCUUGACAAUAAAAGUGACAAUGAAACAUCUGAAACAAAUUUGACCCCCCUGAAUGCCACUGUUCUGCUCUUUUUUGCUCUUUUUGGCUUAAGUGACCGAGACAAAUUCUCAUGUUCUAAGAAUGCUAAGCCCGAGAGUAAUGACUUGGCUGAACUUGUUUUUGGAAUCUAUUCGGUGGUGACGGUGAUCGUGCUGCUUAACCUACUCAUUGCCAUGAUGAGCAACACAUACCAGUGCAUCCAGGAUCAGUCAGAUACUGAAUGGAAGUUUGGUCGUGCCAUCCUCAUAAGAGACAUGAGCUGCAAGCCUGACACUCCCUCCCCAUUUAAUCUGUUCACCAGCCUCUUCUUCUGUGUCAUAUCUCUCUGCAAAAAUAUAGGGAGGCUGUGCUCAGUAAAGAGGCAGGAUCUUUUAAGGGAGGAGGUAGAAGCAGACGUUUUGCCAGAGACCAACUCUCUAGGUACAGGGGAUCACACCUGUAUCCGCUGGUUCAAAGGAAACCAGUCAACACAGAUCCUUCCUCAGGGUAGCCAUUUUGUGAUGCCCCAACAGGAAGAACAGGUGCUCAUAGAGAAUGUGACUGACUGGAAAGUGGUUGUUCAACGUUUCCGAGCCAUGCGUGGUCAAAACGACAGAGCACCACCAGAAACUGACGACCUUGGGAAAUAAACCAACCUUACUCAAUGUAAUCAUGAUUCAUGAGUUUUUAACCUCACUACAUUUAUUACAGUUUUCAUUAUAACCUUCACAUUUAAAAUAUUCCACUGAACACAAACCAAGGCUACUACCACACAGUAUGGUAUUUGCUGGCACAAAGUUUUGUGUAAUUUCCACUAGAUGACGCUUGUGUACUUGAACACUUGCUUGUUUCAAUAAAUGUUGAUUAGUUUAAUUAGCAUAAUUUUAUAUUGAAUAUUUUAUAAUGUUACUUGUGCUUUUUUUAUUCAGUUAUCGUUUGUUUGAAUAAGAUACGAGAACUUUGGUCAUGUUUUAUUUUAUUUCCAUAUUGCGUUUUGUAUGGCACUAACUGUUUUGUCAUCGGCAUGAGGAGACGAGCGAUAGUGUUGCGUGCAGGUGUAGAGAAUUUUCUCUUGGUGAAUGUAAGCCAUCCAACCAAGAAACUUUAAAAUAACCCCCCUCUCUUAACUCACAGGCAGGCAAAAGUGGUUUAAAGAGUUUAAUGUUGUAUGCAUGUUUUCUGUGUAAUUUAAUGUUUAUCUGAUGUCUGUUAUAUUUGUCCUGUUUAUUUAGUUCUACGGUGUCAAUGAUCAUAAUAA